AUGGCCUCCAACGAUGAGAGAGCCCCGCUUUUACAAGUCGUCGCAGUGCGCCCUCAUCGUGAUCGAUACAACAACCAUACACUCCGCCGUUUCUGCACGAUAGCUCUGGUCGUCCUUCCGCUUACCACGAUCGGUCUCGCAUUCCUAUCCUACGCCUUUGGUCAGAGUGACCUGUUUGGAGACGACAAGCAAGAUCCUGUUGUUCCAUGGGACUCUCUAUCUGGUUCGAACAAACCGCCUCAUUCGCAAUGGCCGGCUGGAAAUGGUCUGAGCUUCGAAGAUCUGAAAGAGAUUCUUUUUACAACACCUGAUACCAAGAAAGCCAAAGAGUGGUCUGAAUACUACACGGCCGGUCCUCAUCUCGCUGGUCAAAACUUGAGCCAAGCUGUCUGGACCAAAGACAGGUGGGAAGAAUUUGGUGUAAAGAGCGAGGUCGUGCCAUACGAAGUCUACAUCAACUACCCUCUCGACCACAGACUUGCUCUACUGAAAGAUGGAGAGGUCUCAUUCGAGGCAACUCUUGAAGAAGACGUCCUAGAAGAAGAUCCCACAACUGGUCUAGAAGACCGCGUACCUGUAUUCCACGGCUACUCGGCUAGCGGAAACGUCACCGCCCAGUACGUCUACUGCAACUACGGCACUUUCACCGACUUUGAGAACUUGCUUGCUGCAGGUAUUGAAUUGGAAGGCAAGAUUGCUCUCGUAAGAUAUGGUGGCGUCUUCAGAGGCCUCAAGGUUAAGAGAGCUCAAGAGCUCGGCAUGGUCGGCACCAUUAUCUACACCGACCCUGGUGAUGAUGGUCUUGUCACUGAAGUCAACGGCUACAAGCCUUACCCCGAGGGCCCUGCUAGAAACCCAAGCAGUGUUCAGAGAGGUAGUGUUCAAUACUUGAGCCAGUUCCCUGGUGACCCAACCACCCCUGGCUAUGCCUCAAAGCCUGGUGUACCUCGCCUUCCUGCUAAUGAGUCCACACCUUCCAUUCCGUCGCUGCCCCUCUCAUAUGCGGAGGCUAUCCCUCUUCUUCAAGCUCUCAACGGACAUGGACCUAAUGCCUCGUCCUUCCCUGCUCGUUGGCACAAGGGUGGUCUUGAGCACAAGAACGUGUCCUACAACAUUGGCCCUUCCCCGCCAUCCGUCACCAUCAAUUUAAUGAACCUUCAGAACUAUACCAUUACUCCUCUCUGGAACACUAUCGGCAUAAUCAACGGAUCUCUCUCAGAUGAAGUCAUCGUCCUUGGAAACCACAGAGAUGCCUGGAUCGCUGGCGGUGCAGGCGACCCCAACAGCGGCAGUGUGGCGCUUUUGGAAUUGAUAAGAUCCUUUGGUAUCGCGCUAUCUAGGGGCUGGAAACCCCAACGCACCAUAGUCUUCGCUAGUUGGGAUGGUGAAGAAUAUGGUCUUGUUGGAUCGACUGAAUGGGUUGAGGAUUACCUUCCAUGGUUGAAGGACUCUGCUGUCGCCUACUUGAACGUCGAUGUCGGUACUCGCGGCACCCGAUUCAACUGCAAUGCUGCGCCUCUGCUUUCUUCUGCUAUCUACGAGGUCACUAAGUCCAUCAAGUCGCCUAAUCAGACUGUCGAGGGAUCGACUGUGUACGACCUGUGGGACAAGCAUAUUGGUACCAUGGGUUCUGGCUCAGACUUCACUGCUUUCCAGGACUUUGCUGGCAUCCCUUCGGCCGAUUUUGGAUUCGGUAAGACAGGUCCGUUAGAUCCUAUCUAUCACUACCACAGCAAUUACGACAGCUACGCCUGGAUGGUCAAGUAUGGCGACCCUAGCUUCGAAUAUCACGUUACAGCUGCCAAGGUCUGGUCUCUGCUUGCGGCCUCUUUGAGCGAGAAGGCUGUAAUUCCGUUCAACGCUUCGGACUAUGCCAUCAGUCUCGACAGAUAUCUCGACAGCGUCAAGCACAUGGCCAACGCAUCCAAGAUUGCGCACGAGAAGGACGUUGUCCAUGCAUUUACAGAUCUCGACAGAGCUAUUGAGCACCUUCAGCGUGCAGCCCAAAAGUUCGAGACUCGUGCGGGCGACCUUGCAAUUCAAGCGACAGCCGCAGAGGGCAAGUAUAACCCUGCUGCUACCAACAAGCUCUUCGCCGACAUCAGAGCUGUCAACACACAGUACAAGGUAUUGGAGCGUGCCUUCCUGUACCCUAAGGGUCUUGAUGGGAGGAGCUGGUUCAAGCAUGUCGUCUUUGCACCUGGCAAAUGGACUGGCUACGCUGGAGACACGUUCCCUGGACUUGUCGAAGCUAUCCAGGCUGGCGACAAGAAGGCACUUCACAGAUGGGCUGGUAUCAUUGAGGGUAUUGUAUGGAGAGCUGCUGGUGUGUUGAGUUAG